UCUCCUCUUGUCUUCUGCUUCUUGUCAACGCGGGUGCGCAAAAGCGAGAACCUCUGGCAAGGUCUCUGGGUUAUCGUUGAAAAUAGACCCUGGCGAAAAAAUUCGUGUCUCUUGCGUCUUAAGUAACUGAUCGGAGGAAAAGAAAAAAAAAUUCAUUCAUUCAAGAGAAAUUAACCGUUCGUAGAGUUGCCUUAAAAACGAGUGUGAGGAAAACAGUUGCAAACAUGGCAGCGCGAUCGUUGAUCAGGUACGUUCAACCGAAGACGAUAACACCACAGAUUUAUCGAUGUGCCAGUGGUUUGUCGGCUUUUGAGAUUCAGCACAAGACACCACUUAUUAAGAAGGAAAUGCCUAUACCAAAGGCUCACUACGGAGGUCGACACACGGUAUCACUUUUGCCAGGUGCUGGUAUUGGUCCCGAAUUGAUGGGCUACGUUAAAGAGGUCUUCAAAUACGCGGGUGUACCAGUGGACUUCGAAGACAUCGACAUAGAUCCGAAUGCGCCAAACAACGAUGAUCUCGAUUAUGCGAUAACGUCGAUUCGUCGAAACGGAGUAGCACUGAAGGGAAACAUCGAGACGCGAAGUCGAGAGGCGGGUGUGUUAUCGCGCAAUGUUGCGAUGAGAAAUCAAUUGGAUCUUUACGUGAACGUACUACAUUGCGUGUCUUACGCGGGUGUGAGUUCCCGUCAGAACAACAUUGACAUUGUAAUAGUAAGGCAAAAUACAGAGGGUGAAUACGCGAUGUUGGAGCACGAGAGCGUAAACGGUGUGGUUGAGAGUAUGAAAAUAAUAACAAGAUCGAAUUCCGAGCGAGUAGCUCGUUACGCCUUCGAAUAUGCGAAACGCAAUGGCCGGAAGAAAGUAACGACCGUGCACAAGGCAAACAUAAUGAAAUUGUCGGACGGCCUUUUUCUCGAAACGGCGCGUCAAGUGGCCAAAGAAUAUCCUGACAUAGCGCACGGUGAUAUGAUCAUCGACAAUACCUGUAUGCAGCUCGUCUCGAAUCCUCAUCAAUUCGACGUUAUUUUAACGACGAAUCUCUACGGUGCUAUCGUCUCGAAUGUCGUAUGCGGUCUUCUGGGCGGCGCCGGACUUUUGGCCGGUAAAAAUUAUGGUGAUCAUUACACCAUUUUUGAGCCUGGUACUCGUAACACAGGAUCUAAAAUCGCGGGUAAGAAUAUCGCAAACCCGAUCGCUAUGCUGAACGCUGCAGUUGACAUGUUACGUCAUCUCGGCCACAAGCAUCACGCUACGAUCAUACAAAACGCCAUCAACAAGACCAUUAACGCGAGAAUACACACACCUGAUUUGUACGGUGGAUCUGCCACGAGCAGGGAAGUCGUUGACAGUAUUUUGAAGCACAUCAAGAGGGCGCAAGAAUGAAUCUGAAUUUUCCUUGUCCCAUUUCUGCAAUUAGAAAAUACGCGUUAUUAAAUUCGAUAUUUUUCAUGAAAUAUUCAACACUGUCCCGAUACUCACCCGGUUCAUCAUUUAGUCUAGGAAUAUUAAAUUUUCCAAAUAUCGCAUCUCCAUUCAUAAAGCGUUAUCGUAAUGAAAUUUCGUUGAUGCUUGAAUGCUUGUCUUCGAAAGAAUAUAAAACGAUUUACCAUUCAUUUUCCGGUCAACCUGAGGUAUUAGCUGUUACCUAAAAUACGUGCUUUAUGUUCACGAAAACUAAAAUUCAUACAAAUAAGAAUGAGGUCCCCCGUUCUCUCGAUUUACGAUGCUCUCACGAGACAAAACAAAAAUAGAUUAAUCGUGUUGAGAAACGAUAGUAAAUGUGACCCGAAAAAUUGUCGAAGAACAUCCCCUGUCCUCCCCUUAAAAUUGAAGUCGUAUAUGGUGAAAAAUCGACACUAAUGGACAGGAUAAUAAAGAUCGAAAUUUAUGAUAUUUGAAACCUUAGAACCAGCUGUUUUGAAGACAAUUGAGAACGCUCUCUAGUACUUAUGCAAUUGAAAAAACCAGUACAACUCGACAAAUGUUCAUACAUUUAUCUCUGUGGAAGUGUAUUUACAGCAAUGAAAAUCGAAAUUUAUACAAUCACAUAUUGCCAACUUUCAUGCUCCAGAGAGUAUUAUUGUUGCAAAAAACUGUUCGAAUUUAAAAAAUCGACGUAAAAAGCGAUAAUUCGUAGUCAUUUAAUCAGUAAACGAUCCUCUCUUAUUUAUCGAAUUCCAUGAAAAUAUCGAAUUUAGCAAAGCCCAUGUUAAAACUUCAACCUUCAACCGCACAAGAAGUUAAGAAAUAAAGAGAAAGCUUGUUCGGAUGCAUUAGUAAGGAGAUUGAUGAGCGAUUCUGCUAUUCUCAUGUACAAUACGAAAAUACAAAUCGAGCACACUGAAACGUCUAAUGAAUUCGACGCGUGCCUUGUAAAAAUGAUACAAUAAAUUUAAAUUUAGCCUAAGUAGAUAAAUCAUUUUAUUCAUUGUACACCGUAUUCGGAGUUACGAGAAUAAAUAUUGACGUAUUUAUUAUUAUACAAACAGAUAAUAAAACCAUUGAAUUGUGUCAA